AUGCACGAAGACUGCGUGCUCCUCUGCCGCUCGAAAAAGGGGGGCUACUGCUACCUCCCGGGUGGGCAUGUCGAUCCGGGCGAGCCCAGCGCGGACGCCUGCAAGCGUGAGAUCCUCGAGGAAAUCGGACUCGAUGUGACGGUGGGGGCGUGCCUGCUUGUGAACGAGCUGAUCUUCUCUCAGGACCACAUCGAGUUCGUCUGGGCACCCCUCGCGGCCGUGGUGGAGAUGGAUCUCCGCCCGGACUGCGUCCGCGCGUGGAUCGCGUCCGGCGGGAAGGACCGCGAAAGACACACGAUGCCCCCCACCCACGACCCCAGCACGGAUCGCUCGAUGAUCGACGCCCAGGGCAACGCCCCGGUCAACGAUCGCACGCAGCGGCUGACCACGCUCGGCGUCCUCGCGGGGUCCAUCGCGCACGAGGUCAACAAUCUCCUCACGCCGGUCCUGAGCUACGCCCAGCUCGCCCUCCAGCACCCGGACGAUCAGGAGUUGGCGGAAAAGGCCCUCUCCAAGGCCGUCGCCGGCACGGAGAAAGUGGGGCACAUCAUGUCCUCCCUCCUCGGGUUCGUCCGGGGCGAAGCGGAGGAGCGUGAGGCGCCGGUGGAGUUCUGCCUCCGCGAGGCCCUCAACUGCAUGGCCCGGAGCCUGGACAAGGACAACAUUGCCCUCGACCACGAGAUCGAGCCGGAGCUUUCCGCUCGGAUCUCCCCCAUCGCCCUCCAACAGGUGCUGCUCAACCUGAUCCUCAACGCCCGCGAUGCCAUCCUGCCCCAAAGAGGCUCGCUCGCGGUGCACGCGAAGCGUUCCACGUGGAACACGCCCGACGGGCGACCGAAGGCCGCGGUCGUCAUCGAGGUCCGCGACUCCGGGUGCGGGAUGGACGAGACCAUGCUCGAGAACGCCUUCCUGCCCUUCGUGAGCAACCGCCACAACGCGGCCGACGGCGUCGGCACCGGGCUCGGCCUGCCGAUCUGCAAGCAGCUCGUCGAGGAAGUGGGGGGGCGGAUCGUCGCGACGAGCGAGCCGGGUGAGGGCACGACCUUCACCAUCACGCUCGAGGAAUCGCAUACGGAGUCCCCGAUGAAACGAGAGAUCUUCACCGCCGUUGCCGCCCUGUCCCUCCUCGGCGCCGGCGCGUCGUUCCUGCAUGUCCACUCGGGCGUCUUCUUCAAGAUCCGCCACAUGGGCGUGAGCAACUUCAUGGGCCGCUUCAACGAGGUCGACGGCUCGUUCAACCUCGACUGGGACAACCCCUCCGCGUCGUUCAUGGACAUGACCGUCGUGGCCGGCUCGGUCGACUCCAACAACGCCAAGCGCGACGAUCACCUCAAGUCCCCCGACUUCUUCAACGCCAAGCAGUUCCCGACGAUGACCUUCGAGGGCACCAGCUUCACCGCGGUCGACGCGGAGACGAUGAACAUCACCGGGAACCUGACCUACCUGGGCCAGACGAAGCCCGUCACCAUCACCGCCAACCUCGUCGAAGUCGGCGACACGCGACAGGGCUACAAGAUGGGCGUCGACGCGACGUUCUCAUUCAAGCGCACCGAUUUCGGCGACGCGAAGUACAUCGCCGAAGGCGGGCUUGGCGACGAGGUCGAGAUAAUGGCCUUCCUCGCCGGCGUCCGCGGCGAAUAA